AUGGACGUCUCUUCUCUUCUCUUCUCUUCUCUUCUCUUCUCUUCUCUUCUCUUCUCCCGCUUCCCGACGCCUUGUUCUCUUGUCUUCUUCUCUGCAGCAGAGGCGGACUACGUGGGGCUGCGCUUCUUCCAGGAGAACUUCCCGGCGGGUCCCAAGGCGGCGGAGACGGAGGCGGGCGAGUACCUGGACGAGUUCGAGGGCGAGGCCAUCUUCCAGGUGGACUGGGCCCAGAAGACCACCUCCUGGCGCCUCCCCGACUUCGCCCGCUUCGCCACUUUCGAGUCCACGAUCGCCCUCCGAGGGUGUGCUCUCUAG